CAAUGUGAGGACAACGGGAAAACCCUCCGCUACUGGGUUCAGCGGCGUGGACAGACCAGCCCGGGGGAUAGUUAGACACGAGUCGACUCCUCAAGCUUCAGAGGCGAUGUCAGUCUGCUUUGGAGCUGUGCCAUAAACUGUAAGGAAUCUCUUCCCAGUGUCUGACCGCUCACUCUGCACUGAUCACCAUGAGAUUCUUCAUCGGCCUUCUCUGCCUCCUCUUCCUCCUCCCUCUCCCCUGCACCUCCAUGAAGCCACAGAUUGUGGAGAGAGCCUCUGGUCCCCCACAGUCUCAGCCUUUGGGGAACACUUCAGGCCCAGGCAAACGGAACUGCGCUGGCAAAGUGGUGUGUAAACCUGGGAUCCUGCUCCCUGUUUGGAUGCCACUCAACCCUCCAGUGGGGGAGCAGGCAGGGAGGGCUAUAGUUUACUUCCUCAGUCUCAUGUACAUCUUCCUGGGUGUAUCCAUUAUUGCGGACCGCUUUAUGGCUUCUAUAGAAGUCAUCACCUCUCAGGAAAAGGAGGUGACUAUUACAAAACCCAAUGGGGAAACUACAGUCACUACAGUGCGCAUUUGGAACGAGACUGUGUCCAACCUCACAUUAAUGGCUCUGGGCUCGUCUGCACCAGAGAUCCUGCUGUCUGUCAUUGAGGUGUGUGGGCAUAACUUUGAUGCAGGAGAGCUCGGGCCUGGCACCAUAGUCGGCAGUGCAGCCUUUAAUAUGUUUGUGAUUAUUGGUAUUUGUGUGUGGGUGAUCCCAGUUGGAGAAUCUCGCAAAAUUAAGCACCUACGUGUGUUUUUUAUCACGUCUUUUUGGAGUAUCUUUGCAUAUAUUUGGCUUUAUCUCAUUCUGGCUGUCAUCUCACCUGGGAUUGUAGAGGUCUGGGAGGCCAUAGUUACACUGUGUUACUUCCCCGUGUGUGUGAUCUUGGCGUGGAUUGCCGACCGUAGACUACUUUUUUACAAAUACAUGCAUAAACGUUACCGCGCCGACAAGCGACAUGGCAUUGUAGUGGAAAUGGAGGGCGAUUUGGCACCCAAAGGUGUUGAUGUGAUCAUGGAUGGAAAAUUCUGUGACCCUGGAAACUCCUCCAGUGUGACAGUCUCUGUGCAGACAGGAAAUGAAUUAGAUCAGAACAAAGAUGAGGUAGUCCGAAUCCUGAAGGACUUGAAGGAGAAACACCCUGACAAAGACAUAGAUCAGUUAAUUGAAAUGGCCAACUACUCGGCUCUGGUUCAUCAGAAGAAGAGCCGUGCCUUCUACCGCGUGCAGGCCACUCGCAUGAUGAUCGGUGCGGGGAACAUUCUAAGGAAACACGCGGCAGACCACGCGCGGCGCAAUGCUGCAGCCACAGAGGCCGACCUGGCCACAUGCUCACACAUCUGCUUUGAGAAUGCCCAAUACCAGUGCACAGAGAACUGUGGACAGCUCAGCCUCUGGGUGGUCCUGGAAGGAGGCACUGGACAGAACACCUUCCUUGUUGAUUAUUGCACUGAAAAUGGCUCUGCAAAUGCUGGGGCCGACUAUGAGUUUGCUGAAGGCACCCUCCUGUUUAAACCAGGGGAAACCCGAAAAGAGAUCAAGGUGGGAAUACUAGAUGAUGACAUCUUUGAGGAGGAUGAGCACUUCUUUGUGCGUCUCCAGAACCUGCGCUUAGACGACGGGGGCUCAGAGGGUUUAGGGUCUCCUCCAAAGGGUCGCCUGGCAGAGCCUCACGUGGCAACCAUCACCAUCUUAGAUGAUGACCACGCUGGCAUCUUCAGCUUUGGGCAGCAGGUGCUGAGGGUCAGUGAGAGCACAGGGAUCCUCACAGUGACUGUAGCCAGAAACUCUGGCUCCAGGGGGACUGUGUCUGUGCCCUUCCACACAGAGGACGGUACAGCGAAGGCCGGAGUGGACUACGAGGAGACCAAAGGAGAACUGGAGUUCCCCAAUGAACAGACCACUCAAACACUUCAGGUGCACAUCAUAAAUGUGUCCGAGUACGAGAAGCAGGAAAACUUUUUCAUUGUGUUGGAGGAACCCAAAUGGCUGAAACGUGGUAUUUCGGCCUUGCUGCUGAACCAGGGUAACCCAACCCCUGAAGAGGAAGAGGCCAGGAGGAUUUCUGAAAUGGGCAAACCCAUUUUAGGAGAGCAUAGUAGACUUGAAAUUAUCAUCGAGGAGUCUUGUGAAUUUAAGAACACUGUGGAUAAACUUAUAAAAGACACUAAUCUAGCAGAUGUGCUUGGGACGCAUUCUUGGAGAGAGCAGUUCAUUGAAGCAGUAACUGUCAGUGCAGGGGAUGAAGAGGAAGGAGAGGAGCAGCGAGUGCCGUCCUGCUUUGAUUAUUUCAUGCACAUUUUGUGUCUUUUUUGGAAGAUUCUGUUUGCUUUUGUUCCUCCAACUGAAUACUGGAAUGGUUGGGCGUGCUUCAUCGUGUCCAUCAGUGUCAUUGGUUUAUUAACAGCCAUUAUCGGAGACUUGGCCUCUCAUUUUGGAUGCACUGUAGGCCUCAGGGACAGUGUCACUGCAGUGGUGUUUGUUGCUUUGGGGACCUCACUUCCUGAUACAUUUGCCAGUAAAGUAGCGGCCACUCAAGACCAGUAUGCUGAUGCUUCGGUGGGAAACGUGACUGGAAGUAAUGCCGUUAAUGUGUUCUUGGGAAUCGGAGUGGCCUGGUCUAUAGCAGCUGUAUACUGGGAGAUCAAGGGGAAGGCCUUUUAUGUGGAUCCUGGCUCCCUCGCCUUCUCUGUCACAUUAUUCACUAUCUUUGCAUUCUUCAGUAUGGGACUGUUGAUGUUACGCCGCAGGCCAUCCAUAGGUGGCGAACUAGGAGGACCUAAGAUUCCCAAAAUCCUCACAACACUACUUUUGUUUGGAUUGUGGUUCUUGUAUGUUCUCUUCUCCAGCUUGGAGGCCUACUGCCAUAUUCAAGGCUUCUGAGGAAACACAGUUGAGUACUGUAACUGUCGACGGACACUGAUACACAUGUGCAGGACAUUAAUGUAACCUGCCUAAACUGUCAGUGGAGAAGAAAUCUAACGCUUCAAAUGCUGCCAUGGUUUUCUUAAAGAGACAUGCAUGUCUGCACUGCAGGCGAGCUCAAGUCAGCUGGAGAAUGUAAUGUUUUUAUACAGUCUGUCCAUCUACUGAAUGCUAUUGUGUCACAGGAAACAAGCAACAUUAUAAAGACAAUUACAGGUGCUAGUCAGUCAGUACCAAAACACUAUAAUGACAUUGUUCUGUUAGCAUUUGAUUUUUUUAAAAGGCAACUACUAUUUGUAUGAUUAUUACACAUACAGUAAAACAUUAUUUAUUUCAUCACACUUUAAUGACAGUUAUUAAAUGUAUAAAUGAUAAUAAGAAAUACAACAAUUUUAUAGAUAAUCAGUAAAUAUAACUGCUCUGUAUUCAUUUGAAUCCCUUUGCAUGUUUACCUCUAUUUAGUAUGUGAUGGAUUUGGUCUAAUGGAAACCCUUGUCCCUGUAAUUCAUUGUUGCAUCGGUGUCUGCUGUCUCCACAGUCAUAGAACCUCAACUGGAAUCAGGUUUGGAGCUUUGAGUCUGCCAUUUUAAACAAUAGCCAUAAUCCAUCAGUAGCAAACGUUUUGCUAAAUGAUUAAAUCAGAGGCAUUUGUCAAAAGACUUGAGUGACAUUGUACCACAGAAACACAAUCAUUGAGACAAAUUGUGGGGAGUAGGUUUCCAGUUAGUUUAAUUUUCAACUGUGAGGGCAUGCUCAUGCACACAAACAACAAAUCAAAUUAGGAUUAAAGUAGAACUAAAUCCAGAACUACACCAGGACUAAACCGAGCUCAAACAAGGACCAAACCAGGACAAGUGAUUGAGUAAACUUUAAGUUUGAAUAGAAUUACCGACAGUAAUUGAACAAUUGCACCUUCACCUAUUUUAAGCACCUGAAUAUGGAAGGCUGCAAUGUACAAUGAAUGGCAUAAAAAUACAAACUUACCUCUUAUUUAUUACUUUAUUUUUAAAGAUUCACUUCAUGUAGCUCUCCUGUAUUUAAGACACAAAUAGAAAUGCCAUUGCCCUAGUGUCCUCUAUUUUUGGACAAUUCUUAACUUUGUUAUAGUAUAAUAAUGUAAUUUUGUGUAAGUGGGAAAUUGACUAAAAUAUCUACAAGUAAUCUGCUAAGAUUACUGCACCUCAGUGUUAUCUUCACAGCCCGUUGAUCAUUUACCCUAUUGUGUAUGAAAAUAUUUAAAUGAAAUUCUUUCCAGAAAUCAUGAAGUGUGAGAAGACAAAGUUCAAAGUCAUGUUUAUUGAUGCUGUACUGUCUUUGUAAAAAAAUGCACUGUAUAUUGUGGCAAGUAUAUAGAUUUAUUAUAUUCAGUUGUAAAGUAUCAAUACAAUCAAAUGUAAACUUA